AUGCGCCUGCGGAAGCGCGGUGCCGGCGCUCGGGGGACCCCUGACCCCCGUUCCCCGUCGGGCAGCGGCGGCGUGAAGGAGCAUGGCAACUCGGUGUGCUUCAAAGUGGACGGCGGCGGGGGCGAGGAGCCCGCGGUGGGCUUCGAGGAUGCCGAGGGACCCCGCCGGCAGUACGGCUUCAUGCAGCGGCAGUUCACCUCCAUGCUGCAGCCGGGGGUCAACAAAUUCUCCCUCCGCAUGUUCGGCAGCCAGAAGGCGGUGGAGAAGGAGCAAGAAAGGGUUAAAACUGCGGGGUUCUGGAUCAUCCACCCCUACAGCGACUUCAGGUUUUACUGGGACUUAAUCAUGCUCAUAAUGAUGGUUGGAAACCUUGUCAUUAUACCAGUCGGAAUCACAUUCUUCACAGAACAAACAACAACACCAUGGAUUAUUUUCAAUGUGGCAUCAGACACUGUUUUUCUAUUGGACUUGAUCAUGAAUUUUAGAACUGGGACUGUAAAUGAAGACAGCUCUGAGAUAAUACUGGACCCUAAAAUCAUUAAGAUGAAUUACUUAAAAAGCUGGUUUGUGGUUGACUUCAUCUCAUCAAUACCAGUGGAUUAUAUCUUUCUCAUUGUCGAAAAAGGAAUGGAUUCAGAGGUUUACAAGACAGCAAGAGCGCUUCGUAUUGUGAGAUUUACAAAAAUCCUCAGCCUGUUACGUUUAUUGCGCCUUUCAAGACUGAUUAGAUACAUACACCAGUGGGAAGAGAUUUUCCACAUGACGUAUGAUCUGGCCAGUGCAGUGGUGAGAAUCUUUAAUCUCAUUGGAAUGAUGCUUCUGCUGUGCCACUGGGAUGGUUGUCUACAGUUUUUAGUACCAUUACUCCAGGAUUUCCCACCAGAUUGCUGGGUGUCCCUAAACGGUAUGGUUAACGAUUCCUGGGGAAAGCAGUACUCCUAUGCACUGUUCAAAGCCAUGAGCCACAUGCUGUGCAUCGGGUACGGAGCCCGCGCCCCCGUCAGCAUGUCCGACCUCUGGAUAACCAUGCUGAGCAUGAUCGUGGGGGCCACUUGCUAUGCCAUGUUUGUUGGCCAUGCCACUGCCCUCAUUCAGUCUCUGGAUUCAUCACGACGACAGUACCAAGAGAAGUACAAACAAGUGGAACAGUACAUGUCAUUCCACAAGUUACCUGCUGAAAUGCGCCAGAAGAUCCAUGAUUACUAUGAGCAUCGCUACCAAGGCAAGAUCUUUGAUGAAGAAAAUAUUUUGAAUGAGCUCAAUGAUCCUCUCAGGGAGGAGAUUGUCAACUUCAACUGUCGGAAGCUGGUGGCUACAAUGCCUCUUUUUGCUAAUGCAGACCCAAAUUUUGUGACUGCCAUGCUAAGCAAACUGAGAUUUGAGGUGUUCCAACCUGGAGAUUAUAUUAUCCGAGAAGGGGCUGUGGGUAAGAAGAUGUAUUUCAUUCAACAUGGUGUUGCUGGUGUUAUCACCAAGUCCAACAAGGAGCUGAAGCUGACAGAUGGCUCUUACUUUGGAGAGAUCUGCCUUUUGACCAAGGGCCGUCGAACUGCCAGUGUACGAGCAGACACGUACUGUCGCCUGUACUCCCUCUCAGUGGACAACUUCAACGAGGUCCUGGAAGAGUACCCCAUGAUGAGAAGGGCCUUCGAAACGGUGGCAAUUGAUAGACUUGACAGGAUAGGGAAGAAGAACUCGAUCCUGCUGCAGAAGUUCCAGAAGGACCUCAACACCGGCGUUUUCAACAACCAGGAGAAUGAGAUCCUGAAGCAGAUCGUGAAGCACGACAGGGAGAUGGUGCAGACCAUCGCCCCGGUGAGCCUGCAGCAGAUGCCAGCCCUCAACUCCAGCACCGCGGCCUCGUCGCGCGGCAGGACGCAGUCCCCGCCCGUGUACAGCACCAGCAGCCUCUCGCACACCAACCUGCACUCGCCCUCGCCCAGCACGCAGCCGCCCCAGCAGGCCGUCAUCCUGUCGCCCUGCUCCUACACCACGGCCGUCUGCAGCCCGCCGGUGCAGAGCCCGCUGGCCGGCCGAACUUUCCAGUACGCCUCGCCGACCGCCUCGCAGCUCUCCCUCAUGCAGCAGCAGCAGCAGCAGCAGCAGCAGGGGGGGGGGGGGGGGGGGGGGGGGGGGGGGGGGGGGCAGCAGCAGCCGCAGGCAGCGCAGCAGCCGCCGGGAGCCGCGCAGAAGAACGAGGUGCACAAGAGCACCCAGGCCCUCCACAACACCAACCUGACGCGGGAGGUGCGGCCGCUCUCCGCGUCGCAGCCCUCGCUGCCCCACGAGAUCUCCACGCUGAUCGCCAGGCCUCACCCCACGGUGGGCGAGUCGCUGGCCUCCCUCCCGCAGCCCGCGCCGGGCCCCGGCGUGCCGCCGGGCGGGCGGGCCGGCGUGCCGCAGCGGGUCUCGCUGUUCCGGCAGAUGUCCUCGGGAGCCAUCCCCCCGCACCGCGCGGCCGCGCCGCCCGCCGCCCCG